AUGGGUUCCAGCGGUAGAACCAUCAAGCUUCCACUCGUGCCACUGGCCAAAGGCACCGUUCUGCUGCCCGGUGUGCAGCUGCGCAUCCCGGUAUCAAACCGCCCCGACUUGACUAAUCUGCUCUCAUCCCUGGUGGACAAGCCCUCAAAGCGUGAUAGUCAGAUCACUUUCGGAUGCAUUCCCUUCAACUCGCCAUUUCUGAGCCGCGAUGGGCUGCAGCUCAUCGAGGGUGAUGAUUCGGAUGAGGUACAAAAGGAGGAAUACGAAGCAAUCGAUGCAGGACAGGCACGGAAGGAGGAUAUCUUCUCCCACGGUACCGUGGCCAAGGUCAUUGGCGUUCAGCGUCGUGCGUACUCAGAGCCGUUCCUGCUUGUCCAGGGAACACAGAGAUUCACUGUGAAGAAAUUCUUGCGUGACCGGCCAUACUUCGAAGCGGAGGUUGCCCUUCACGAUGAGAGUACCACCUCAAUCCACGGCGACUCGGAAGCCGCCGAAUUGUUCCAGCAGUUAAGACAGCUCUCCCGUGAGCUUCUCACCUUAUUGCGCUUAUCCUCCCUACUGUCGGCCGCCUCCACCCGUUUGUCACCACUUGUGGCUCGGAAGUUCGAACUCUAUAUUGCGAAGACCGAGUUAGGUCAGGCAGGGAAGCUUGCGGAUUUCAUGGCCGACGUAUCCGAUGCUAGCUUUGAGGAGAAGCUACGAAUCCUGGCAUCUUUCGAUGUGAAGGUUCGGCUCCAGAGAGUCGUCGAGAUCUUGACUCGCCAGGCACAGCACAUCAAAAGUAGUGUGAAAGUCACAUCCAUUACUACAUCCUCUUUCCCCUCCAAUUCUGGUAUCGACAUUGGCCAGAUGGACCCUCGUGAGCGGGAAGUGUUGGCACGUCGUGCUAUGGCGGGUCUGUCAGGCCUCACGCCACCAGGGCCGGCCGGUGCACGCGGUGGCAACGAUCAAGAAGAGAAGGAGCCAAACGAGGUUGACGAGCUACAACAGAAGCUUAAGGAUGCAAAGCUCAGCCCCGAGGCCCAGAAGAUUGCUGACAAGGAGCUUAAACGUUUGCGCAAGAUGAAUCCUGCAAACGCGGAAUAUGGUGUUUGCCGAACCUACCUGGAGAAUCUGUCGGAGAUCCCGUGGACGAAGGUGACCCAGGACCAGCUCGGCGCGGAGACCCUAAAGCUAGCCCGUAAACAACUGGAUGAAGAUCACUACGGAUUAGAGCGGAUCAAGAAGAGACUAUUGGAAUAUCUGGCUGUGCUUCGAUUGAAGCAAUCGACCAACCAGGAGAUGGAACGGGAAAUUGUCAGUAUGACCAAGGAUCUCGAUGCUGCUUCAUCUGGAGACCUUGAGAAGGACAUUCCAUUGUUGUCGGAAAGCGACCGCGUGGCUAUCGAAGCCCGGCUUGAGAGUCUCAAGUCGAAGCGCAUGACUGAUAAAUCCCCGAUCUUGCUCCUCGUAGGACCUCCCGGAACUGGUAAAACGAGUCUGGCCCGGUCAGUGGCUGCUUCCCUUGGUCGCAAGUUCCACCGGAUUUCUCUCGGUGGUGUGCGAGAUGAGGCUGAAAUCCGUGGCCACCGACGCACCUACGUUGCGGCUAUGCCCGGUCUGGUCGUUAAUGGCCUGAAGAAGGUCGGCGUGGCCAACCCAGUUUUCCUUCUCGACGAGAUCGACAAAGUUGGCGGUGCAAACUUCCAGGGAGAUCCAUCUGCGGCCAUGCUGGAAGUCUUGGACCCGGAGCAGAACCACACCUUCACAGAUCAUUAUAUUAACAUCCCCAUUGACCUUAGCAAGAUUCUCUUCAUUGCGACUGCCAACUCUUUGGAUACCAUCCCGGCACCUCUGCUGGACCGCAUGGAGACGAUCUCACUGUCUGGAUACACGACCGUUGAGAAGAGGCACAUCGCCAAGCGCCAUCUGAUUCCGAAGCAGAUCCGAUCCAAUGGUCUUUCUGAUGGACAGGUCCAGCUAUCUGACGAGGUAAUUGAUAAGACUAUUACCUCGUACACUCGUGAGUCUGGUGUUCGGAACCUGGAGCGUGAGCUUGGCUCUAUCUGUCGCCACAAAGCCGUCCAGUAUGCCGAUGCUGGUGACUCUGAGCGUCUGGAUGAAUAUAACCCGGUUGUCAGUGUGGAAGAUCUGGAGGAUAUCCUUGGAGUCGAGCGCUUCGAGGAAGAAAUUGCUGAGAAGCACGGUCGCCCCGGUGUGGUCACAGGUCUUGUGGCAUAUUCGACGGGUGGCCAGGGAAGCAUCCUAUUUAUCGAAGUGGCGGACAUGCCUGGUAAUGGUCGUGUACAACUGACCGGCAAACUUGGUGAUGUUCUGAAGGAGUCCGUUGAGGUAGCUCUCACAUGGGUGAAGGCCCACUCAUUUGAGUUAGGCCUCACGCAUGACCCUAAUGAGGAUGUCAUGAAGAGCCGUAGCCUGCACGUCCACUGCCCGUCGGGGGCUAUUCCCAAGGAUGGACCCUCGGCUGGUCUUGCUCACACCGUGGCACUCAUCUCCCUCUUCAGCAACAAGGCUGUCCCUCCGCAGAUCGCCAUGACCGGCGAGAUCUCGCUACGGGGCCGCGUGAUGCCUGUUGGCGGAAUCAAGGAGAAGCUCAUUGGUGCUCUCCGCGCUGGUGUUAAGACUGUGCUGCUUCCCCAAGCUAACCGUAAGGAUGUCAAGGACGUUCCUCAAGAAGUCCACGAUGGCCUGGAGAUUAUCUAUGUCCAGCAUAUUUGGGAAGCCCUUGGAAAGAUCUGGCCGGAUGCUCACUGGCCUGGUCAGCAACAUGUCAACUUGCUCGAGAGCCGACUAUAG